AUGGUUAGGGAAGGUUGUUCAACCUCCAAAGACCACAAAACGUGCUCACCCAAUGAAGAUCUUAGCUUGUCAACCGAUGACGUAGAUGGCCAUCAUGCGCAAAGGGAACACACACCAGUAACACGAGAAAGUUGUAAAGUGAUAAAUAGUAUUUUGGAGGAUGAUAGUUUGAUUGCUGUAUGUAGUCAAAAUGGCAAAGUCCAAAGUAAUGGGUUAGUCAAAGAAAGUACCGAACCACUAAAUAUACCUUUAAAAGGUGCUUUAAUUGAAGAGGGUCAAUUACAGGAGGAACGUUGCUUGGUUGAACAGAGUUCUGUGGUUGAUGAGACUUGCGUGGUCGAAGACGACGAAUUAAUUGAAAAUGACGGAUUAGAACAUGACAUUAACAGAGUUGAAGUCGAAUGUUUGAUCGAGGAAGGCGGAAGUUCGUUUGCCGAAAUUUAUCCCCCGUCUACUGUAAUGGAAAACUGUCCUUCAAACCCGGCGGCCGGACAAGGCCUAUGCAUCGUUGUAGACGCAACAAAUGGUUCCUCUACUAUCAUACACCAGUGGCUCACAGAAAAAGACGUGGAAUAUGUUAUUGAACAUGUCUCAGAAGCCGAUUAA